GAAUUUUUAUUUUUAGUGAUAAGAUUCUUUACCACCAGUUGAUAUAUUAUCGACUGUUAUUCAAUAAAGAUUAAAAAUUCCACUCGAUGUCCCUAGUAGUUUCUCUACGUGCUGGUAAACGAAGACCAUUGUAUUAUUGAUCGCUAGAAACGCAUGCGCAUGGCUUAAUAGGAUCAUAUGUGGGAAGCGUAACGCGAGCUGUAUUGAAAGAAACGUAAGCAGCUGCAACACUUAGCGUGGCGCAAAUCAACGGAGCUUUUUGUUCGAAAGUUACUUUAACGAUUUGUCAUAUUUCAUUGACAAAACAGUUAAUUUCUGAAAUUUAAUCCAUUGAUAUAUUCCGUACAGUACUUUUGUUUAAAAUCGCGCUUUUAAACGCGAAUAAGACAUAGACUAACGUUGAUUUAAAUAUUUACGUAAGUCCGUCAAAGUGUUUCUUGGUGCGUUUUUAAACGAAACUCGAAGAUGUGAUCGAGUUUUAUCGAUUACGAUUAUUUGUAUAAGGUGUUAAGAAAAGAUAAAAGUGUCACGUUGAAAGUAUAAAUAUUAAUAAUAAAGGAAGAUAUGGUGGACGUUACAACAGCUUUGCCAUCCUCGGCAGGAGACUCUUUAAUUGGUCGAACUCGAGGAGCUCUCAGAACUGUAAGAUCCGCUUUAGGAGGUAGCGGCGAAUACCUUCAAGGCUUAGGGAAUAGAAUAGGAUCAGCAUUGAGUAAUAGUUUAGAAGAGAAUGAGUUGACAACACCGUCCUCGACUCCCUCGUCACCCCCCCAUCAACCAGUGAAAGAAGAGGAGCACUUGGCGCGUAGAAAAUUGAGACUUCCAAGAUUCGGUGCAGGCUUGUCAUAUGAGGAUUACGAAGCAAUGGCGAGGCAUAAAUUGGAGCGACAAGGUAGUGCCAGCUUGUCGAGAAUUUCGAGAAAGUAUCCACGUGGAAUGACGUAUGAGGAGAUAGCUUCAUCAAGAUCAACCUCGCGUAAGAGACGAGAAGAGAAAUCUAACGAGUACGAGGACAACAGUCCAGACAGAGAUAGCCAAGAGAGUAUAGAACCACUUCAGGAAAAGGACAUCAAAGCUACCGGACCUGAUCCUUAUGAGAAAUUGAAUUAUAAAGCAGCAAGGGCCCCGACCCGCUAUCAGACGGUCAUUUUUCGGUUAGAUAUGCCUUGUAGCAGCGAUUCGACCAGCGAUCAGGAUGGUUACGGCCCGAGCACCAGUUUAGAUUCGAACAUGGAUGGACGUAGAUUUUGGCAAAGAUCAGGUUCCUCUAGUUCCGUUCAAUCUUGGGCAUCUAGUUUAUCAGCUGACAGUCAAUCGGAAGAGGCGGCUGCUGAUUUUAUGAAAACUUUUGUCCCUUUGCUUUUCGAGGCUCCGAAUACCAUAGAUCAAGAACAAAAGGCCAAUUUCGGUCAAAUGGUCCUUACGGAAUCCGGUAGGAUAUGGUUCUCCAGAGUGGUUAAUGCGAGAAGAGCACGUGCGUGCGUAACAGAAGCUUCAUUUUACUCGCUCGCUCAACAUUUCGCCGUGGCACUUUUCGAAUGCCACGAAGCUGACGAUUUUGCACCAGCCAAAAAUCUAAUGAACAUGUGUUUUACCUUUUAUCAUGAGGUCGAGGUACCAGGCUUGGAACCAUAUCGAGAAUAUCUCUACACGCAUUUACGCGUUCAACCAAUCUGGACAUCAAUGAGGUUUUGGACUGCAGCUUUUUUCGAUGCCGUGCAAUGUGAAAGAGCCUUAAGGCCGGUACCAUCAAGGCCAAAGUCUCUCGAUCAGGAAGCGAUUGCGACAGAAGACAGAAAAUUUCAAGCUAAUAUAGUCUUCGGACAAUUAGGUACCUUUACCUGUAACAUGCACGCCUUCGGUCUAUCCCGUGCCCUUUGUUUGGAGUUUCUCAGAAAACAGUGCGUGAUUGCAAAUUUAACAAGAGAUCAAGAAAAAAUGCUACGCGAUAAUAUAGAAAGGAUGUAUAAUGAAACCGAACCAUGGCGGUAGUUUCAUUUCUUAUGAUAAUUUUAUGAAUUUUUACUUAUCAAAUUAUCAUAUAGAAUGAUGAGAAAACGACACUGUAUAAAUCUGUAAUCGUCGAUGAAACAAGGGUGCGAAUUGCGAUAUCGUCAAUUAAAAUUUAAAAAUAUAUCUAAAAAGUGGAUUCCACGUGAUAUCUUGAUAUCGAAUACAGUGAGAGGUAUUGUCAAUUUUUCAUGUGAAUAAGGGUAAAAGCGAUUGUGAUGAAAGUAUUCGAGAUAUUAUGUAUUAUAACGGUGAUUCAUAAAGCUAAAAAUGAAACGUGUGUUCAAAAAUUUACCAUAGCAAAUGCAAUUGUAUUAACGUUCGUGAUAUACGACGACGAAUCUUUGAUUGUACACUUUGAAUGUUAUGCAAUUUAUGAUAAAGCACAAAUUUCAUUUUUACCUUGACAAUACUUAUUAAUUAAUAUGCAUAUAAAUAAUAAUUAUAUGCAUUUUAAAUAAUAAUUAUACAAAAAAAAAAACAAUCAUUUCGUUUUCUCCAAACGGCAUAAAUAUACUAAUAGAGUCAGGCUUAAUAAUGACAAUAAAAUUUGAGGUUCUAAUCUCGGUUACUCGUCAAUAUUCGUAUUGUUUGAUAAAAUUCGUAUUGUUAUUUAUAAACGAAAUGAUUCAUCUCGUAAUAAAUUUACAAAAAUAUAUGAAACUGAAAUAAUCAUGGGAAGUACAUACGAUUGCUAUUAGUUGACGUAGUAAUUAGAGGAUUGUUGUAUUAUAUAUACUUAAUGGAAUAAUAUGUUUUUAAACAUUACAUGUAACAUAUAACAGGCAUUUUCAAAAAGAGAUCAGGAAUAUGAGGUCAGAAAGGGACGAAAAUAUUUUAAAACCAAUUUACUCCGCUAAUGUUAAAGCUAAAUUUUAUUUUCAAAAUAGUGACAAUGUAAAUACGAUGUUAUACGAAAACUUAUGUAUUUAAAGACAUAUCAUCAAAUCGUGAUCAUUUAUAGACACAUAAUUCAUUGUCAGAAUGAUACGAGAUAUUUACGACGAAUAAGAAUUUUUCGUUUGGAUGAAGAUUUCUACAUAUUUGUGUUGUAUUGCACCAUACGAAUUAUCGUAUCAUUUACCAUACUCGUGUAUCGUUGGAUCGGAUGAAUACGUCCUUUUAAUUGUGUUGCAUUAUUUGAUCCUUGCGCAACUCAUUCAAACUCUUUUUCAAGGCAAAUCGGUUUGUAGCAGUCGUCGUGACAUUUUUCCCGGAUGUCGUGGUUGAUCUAAUCAUUGGACUACUGGACCUCAAAGACUUCAUUAUAUCCAUAUUAUUUAAAACUCCUUUAGGGAUAGAAUAUUUCUUAUCCAUUUUAUCUAUUAUUUUUGGACUUUUUUUAGGCGAAUUUUUAUUAAAAUCGGUGUCACGUUCAAUCGUCUCGUUUCGAUCAAUAAUAAUUUUCGAAUUCCAAGAUUUGUUUUUUUCUCUCAUUGGAAUUUUAUUCGCAGAACGAUCCGAUUCAUUUGCCUUAACAUUGUCGAGCAUAGAAUCAUUCGAUAAUGUAGUCAUUUUCGAAUCCCAGGAUUUAUUUUUUUCUUUCAUUGGAAUUUUAUUCAUAGAACGAUCCGAUUCAUUCGCCUUAAUAUUGUCGAUCAUAGAAUCAUUCGAUAAUGUAGUCAUGGAAUCAGAAUUUUCCGAUAAACGAUCGAGUUUUGAAUUACUUUGAUCUCUCUUCGAAUCUUUCAUCGUAUUUAUUGUUUUACGAGUUUCCUCUAUCUUUUUCGUUGGAUCAGAGGAAGUUUUCGAAUUAUUGAGAUAACUGAAAUCGUAAUCGAAUACUGUCCUAGGACUACGAAUUCUCUUUAGACUUUCCUCUAUCAGAUAAGCCAACUCGAAAUUUUCAUUCUUCAUGACCAACGAUUCGUCCAAAAAAGAUCUAUCAGUACUUAAAAUCAUCGGAUUAUCUUGUGUUAAUACUUUUCCCUUGGUUUUAUUUUUAGGUCGAGAUUUGUUUUUAAUUUGUUGACCAAUCGAAGCCCCGUCGUUCGAUUUUAUUAUCGAUGCAGUACUUUUACUAUGUACAUUCUUUUUCGAAUCACCGAAUUUACCUUUCCCCGUUAUAUCCAUAGUCAUAUUAGUAUUUUUCGCGGUGAUAACAGAUUUUUUAUUUCGUUGCAUUGUACUAUUUUUUUGAGUGACCGUCAUCGAAUCAGAAAAUGAUUCACGAACGUCGUGCUUCGAUUCUAUUUUCCGUACAUUCGAUUUUUCUUUUUUUACAUCCUUUGCAUUUUGAGUUUUAUUUACUUUCGCGUUAUUGACCUUCUUGAUGUUUGUAUUUAUUUUCUUGUCCAUUUGAAUCGUUUUAGCGGAGUCAUCGAUCUUAUUAUUUCUAAAUGAUUUCGUUAAAUUUGUCUCUGCAUUUUUCUGAGUAAUUUGCAAGGGUGUUACAGUCUCGCUGCUCAUAGACGAACUUGAUGCUUUGGAUACAGUUUUUAAUGGUCCGCUUAUGGAUUUAGUCAGUCGAUGCUGCAUUUUCAAAUUUUCAUAUUUGGUCGUUGAUCCUGGUAUCUAUGAAAGUAUUGAAAUCAUAAAAUCCAUAUAUUGUAUAAUAUAUACGGUUGUUAUCACUCGCCUAAUAAAAAUUGUCCAUACUUUA